AUGCCUAUCCCUCUCACACCCUCUCGAUCUCUGUCAAAGAGGAACAAACCCCACACUCUGAUCCGAGAACCGACGUUCUACCAGGAAGCGUAUCUCGCUUCGAUCCCUUACAUCCAAACUAUAGGUAACCAGCUAAAGAGAGAUUGGGGAUUUAGAGAGAUCGACGAGGGAGAUGUGGCGAGAUUUCAGCCAUUCAUCCAAACCGACAAGGACGAACUACUUCUCAACUUGAUUUCCAAAUCUACAACCCAUCAUCUAAUUCAACUUCCUUUAUCCCUCUUAUCCCACCCACAUGGAAUCCAACGUCAUGUUCGAUUAUCGACAUUUUCGACCGUUCUCACAUCCACUUACACCCAUAUAUCACCAUCGACAUAUGAUAUCCCACCUUUGAAAGAUCUCAGAUCAUUUUUACAAUGCUUAUUACCUUCUUCUAAUGCUUUACUUCUAUCCCUUUCACCCCCAUCAGGGACUAUUGGCAGAUGUUCAGGUACUUCUGAAGAUAUGUGUAGACCAGACGAAGGAAGAGAGAAUGACAACGAGAACGAUAAGUUGAUUUCAAUCGAUAGCUGGAGACAAGAGAUCUCAGUGAUGUCUCCUCCUCCUCCGAGGAUCGCUACUCCCUCUCCGCAGUGGUUGGAUAGAAAUGAAGAUAUGCUGAGAGAUACAGUAGGAUGUGGUUAUUAUAGAAGACUGAGGGAGGUGGCGGAAGAUCAGAAAGAGAAUGAAAAUGGGUACGAAUUGGUACAGAUUCAGGAGGUGUUGAUCGAAUGA